UUUUUGUUUCAUUUCUGCGGCUGUCAUCAGACACGACAUGUUUUUAGAUUUGGAUCAUAUCAUUUGGUGAUUCAAUGUUUCCAUUGCUUGAAUACAUAAACGUACAAUUGCAACAAUUUUUGUGGUCACUUUGAACAAAAACCCAAAGGGCAAAUAUAAAAAAAAACUUGACCGAUUACUAAUGCUCCAUUAUCAUGUGUUUUUUCUUCUUACUCAAUGAAUUUGGUGUUGCUCGUUUUUCAUUAAGAACUUAGGUUGACUUUGAUUAGUCGAUGUUUUGUGUAUUCUAACGUUCCACCAAAAAUUUCUCUUCUCGUGCAAUCGUCGUAUUCUAACGUGUCUCGACCAAUCUAUCAAUGGUUCCUUUGUUGAAUAUUCAAAUAAAUUUUUGAUAUAAAAAAAAAAACAAAAAUAAAGCAAAUAAAGAAAAAAAGGAAUUGCUCUUUGGAAUAUUUUCGAUGUUAAUUUUUUACAUUUUCUAGAUUCAACAUGUACGUCUUGUGUUAGUUUUGUAAAUGAGUUUAUUGAUUUUAUUAACGGAAAAUGAAUACAAGCUCCGAGGAAUCGUUGAUUAGUGUGCAAAAUAAUGGAAGUCAACGUGCAUCGACACCAGAUUUAGUUCGAUUAGACACUGAGAAUCUCGGUGAAAUUAUCAUUGAUUUGGCGGAUGCGGAGCCAACGUCUGCGAUCCUGAAUUUUUGUCAACGCAAGUUUUUGUUGCCAUAUGUUAAUAUAUUGGGCUUGGUGGGCCUGCGCCCAAUCACAAUCGACACAUCCGAUUUGGUUGCUUAUUUAGGCCACAUUCAAACUGUGUUCAUAGUCGUUGUUCUAACCACUGGAUAUUUCAUACAGUACUUCUCGUACUUUCGCCGAGAUCGUGGAUUCACGAAUACAACAUAUCCACCGAUUGAACCGCCUUUGGAAUUUUACACACCGCGUCAGGUUACGGUAUAUUAUGGCGAAACGAUAUUUGUCUAUGGAGUAUCAAGCAUUCUACAUUUUUGCGGCGUUUUAACGAGCAUGUAUGUAUUUCGAAUAGCCGACAAUGAGCAGCUUCAAAAUUUGGUUGAACGUGUCUUCAUUUUGCAUAACAUUCCCAACAAAUUGAUCUACAUUUUAUGGUCACACAUUGGGCGCGGUUUGCUCUGGUUAACUGUUAUGACCAUACACUUAAUCGUAAUGGAAGACGAUAACAUUGACGUUUUGAAAAUCGUUUGGUUCGGCAAACCAACCCCACACACACAAACUAUUGCCAAACUUCUGCUCAUCGUGGCCACUUUUGCUCAAGAUCUCAUACAAGUGAUCGUUUUAACGAGUUACUCGCUACAAUGCUUUUUACUUCGACGUUAUAUUUCCAUAUUAAAAGAAAAACUGCUGCAGAAUACCAUUGAUUCGUUGGAUUGGAUGCGGGAAAUGUCUGAAUUUCGGAAGCUUUUGUCACAUCUCAACACAAAAAUGGCAAUACCAGUGUGCCUCUUUACUAUACUGAACUUAGCCUAUACUUUUUCUGCAAUCAUCUAUUUUAUUCGAAUUUACAAUCAAUUUACAAGCAACAAAAUCGUUAUAAUGGCACUCAUAAAUAUUUUGCUGUGGCUCAUCUUGGGCCUGUAUCCAUUCUUCCAAGCAGCAGCUUUAACGUAUGCUUGUGAAUCGGCACAAACUUGCGGUCAUCAAGUUCGAAUCAAACCGUAUGUGCACUACAAUACAUCUCUAGAGGAGCUCAACUCAAUUCUUCUGUAUGCAUCAUCACUACGAAUGAGUGCAAAGCUAUAUCGAAUGCCAAUCCAUGGAGGCUAUGUAUUUUUUAUCAUCUUGUGCAUCGUUGUAUCGACACUUACUUUUGGAAUGUGCCUAAAUAUUUCGCUAGGGAUUAUUCAACCGUAAUUCAGUUUCACAAUAAAACCAAAAAUGAAUUGAAUCGCUCAUUAAAUCUACAUUUAUUUCAA